UUAUGCAGUUAUGCUUUUAAACCCAAUAUUUACAUUUGUGAAACAUCCUUACGUGAGCAAGUGUAUUAAUUUGAUUAGAGGGAAAAUGGCGUUUUGGAUAAUAUGUGUAUGCAUUAUUGUUCUUUUUCUUGUUUUUGAAUGGGUAAUUAGACAAUUAAAGAUUGGAAACUAUAAAUCACGAUAUGUUUUAAUCACUGGAUGUGACUCGGGAUUUGGUAACGAAUUAGCAAAACAGCUGGAAGCAUUAGGAUUUAAUGUGCUUGCUUGUUGUCUCACAAAAUCUGCUGUAGAAAACUUUAACAAAAUGAGUUCUUCAAAACUGAAAGCGAUAGAGAUGGACGUCACUAAAGAUGCUAGUAUUGAAAAAGCAUUGGAAAUAGUAAGAAGGACAUUGCCAGAAGGAAAAGGAUUAUGGGCAGUUGUAAAUAAUGCUGGUAUAGCUGGAGGAAUUGGGUCGAUCAAAUUGCAUUCAAGAAAAGACUAUGAAGACACUUUUGCUGUCAAUUUGUAUGGAGUUAUAAUGGUAACUAAGGCAUGUAUGCCAUUAGUCGUCAAGGAAAAGGGACGCUUUGUUAAUACAUCAAGUGUACUGGGACGAAUCGCCGGAGUUAGUGCAUCAUAUAGUAUUUCAAAAUAUGGUGUGGAGGCGUUUUCAGAUGUUCUAAGGCGAGAGAUGUAUAGAACAGGUGUAAAAGUUCAAAUCAUCGAGCCAGGAGCUUUUAAAACCAAAGUAUGGGGCAGAGGUAAUAUCAGGCGCAUGGCCGAAGAAAAAGUGGCGAGUUUGUCGGCUGAUGUCAGAUCAGAUCUUCCUAUUGACGCCGUCGAACAACUUGAUGGGUUUCUACGACCGAUGAUGGACUCUGCCUCCACAAAUCUUCAACCAGUUAUUGAUGCCUAUUUACAUUCUAUAACGGCUAAAUUCCCGAAAAAGAGAUAUUUGGUAGGCACAGACACACUUUGGAUUCGGAUCAUGUGGAAUUUGCCUGAAUGUAUCGGCGACUUCAUUGCAGAUCGACUUGGUUUUAACUCAAUUUGAAACUUUAUUAUUCAAUAAAGCGAAAACCAUAUUUUUAUCCACUGUCCACACCUAAUUAAGACGAUGUCAUUAUGAAAAAAGGUUUACAUACCCUCGUAGUUACUUAGAUUUUCAUUUAUAUAUAUACUACUAUAUAUUACUACUCAUGGUAUUAAACAUGUUUUAUAUCAUUAGAAUUGCUAUAUGUAUAAAUGAUCAGUUUGGUGAACAUUUUCAUAAUAAUAAGACAUUCGUUUUCAACACGUUGGAUUUUCUUAAUUUGUAAAGUCAAGAAAUGAUGGUAAAAUAGCAUUUUCAGCGUUUAAUUUGCUACAAAAAACAAACAACACGUUGGAAGCAAAGGAUAAUGCGCACUUAGACAUUCUCAAACCACACAUUCUACAUGGCAUUGUCCAGAACACUAAGAAAUAUGUACAUAAACUUAGAAUAACUAUGAUUCACAUGGAUAUUUGCAUAAAUUAUGCUGUUUUUUAACUACCUUAAAAUUUUGGCGGCCAAAUUCAAAGUAAAACCAGAUGUGAUUAUGGAAAACAGAAAUCUGGAAGAGUAAAUCAAGUUAACAUGCAAUAAUUCAACGGAUUUAAAUCUAAACAUACUACUGUUGAGGCACUAUAGUAAGUAUGUUAUUCGGACGAAGUCCGUCUGUCAUCAGUUUGACUUCCUGUAAAAUUAACAAGGAAGGACUGAAUAUAAGAAGAAUUUUCAUUGGUCAUUUUAAAACUACAAACACACUGAAAUAUGUGAAUCUCAUUGGUCAUUCUAUAAUAAAAAGGAACGGACAGUUCUUACAAAUCAAGGAUAGUUUUGACCAUUCUAAAAAAAACUUUAAGGAUAGUUCCACCGGGGGAGGGGGUAUCAC